UGUGCUACAAUUUAGAGAUCGGAGACAAGGGUGUGGCUGUAGUAAGUGAAUGUGAGCAAGUAGUUCACAUCAUUGUACUCUGGACAGCACCAUAACAGGAUCGAAUCAUUCAUCAAAAUCUGGACUUCACAAACCAAGAAAGUUGUGGUCCUGUCCCUUGUUUCCUCUCCUAAAGGGAACGUCUAAUUGGAGCUCCAUCUGCACAGGCAAGCUCAUGGUUACACCAUUUUUAUGUAUUAAGAAUCAUCAGCUUCACAGACAAAUUAAUGAUUAUACCUUUCUUUAUGUAUUUAGGUAGAAACCUAGAAGGUGAAAGCAUUUGUUGCCUGAUGCAAUCCGUGUAUUAGACCCAAGAAAGGGUCUAUGUUUUGGAAGAUACCAAGUCAACAAGUCAUUUCCAUGACCGUGUAAUAAAGGAAACAUUCAGGUUGGAAGCCCUUUUAAUAAGGGUGAGAGUACCAAAACAACUUUAGGAAUACAUAGUAUACUAAAUUAGGAUCGAUUUUGCUAACAUGAUGGUUAAGAAAUCCGCUUACCGUAUUGUAUUUUAACUUAUUAUGGAUAAUGAAUAAUAAAACGGAAUUAAGAUAAAUCUCACCGUAUAGUUAGUUACUAGGAUUUUUAUGGCCACCAAUUGCUAGCUAAGCUACGUAAGCAGCAUAACCACCCAUUGGCCAUUUAUAUGCCACACCAACUGAAAAAACAAGAUACCAUAAAUCAGAAGAACCUCCGACUACAUAUAUAAUAGCAUCUUCCUCUCGAUUUUUCUAACUCAUGCUAUUUUCGUGUCUCUUUACUCUUUUCCCCCAUCUCUCAACUACCAAAAGUACCACUUAGCACGUACAACACCCUCCCUCUCUUUCUUUCUGUGUUUUGUAAUACACAAAGCAAAAACACUGGCUAGCAAGCAAGGCAUGACAACAUGUGGAAGCCUACAACAAAUCUUCGAUACCCUAAUGCCUGAAAACCCUACUUUGCUUGAAUCCCUCUCAUGGAACCAAAUAAAGCCCGUUAAAACCACUGACCAAACCCCCUCCUUCACUGAGAUAUUUGGAGAGCUUCAUUUCAAGGACAGUACAAUUCCUAUAUCAUCAUCACCCUCUACUCCAUCAUCUAGUGAGGUAAACCACACAAACAACUCCAACAAGAAGCACAAAAGCAGAGAUAGCUUCUCAUCCUUGAGUUCUGAGAGUUUGCACCUUUGCACCGAGGGUCUUGGCUUUGAGAGUUCAGAUGAUGUGGAAGACAUAAAGGGUGGAGUGAAUGAGAGUUGGGAAACGUAUAAGGAGAAAGAGGGUGUGAAGAGGUGUGUGAGUUUAGAAGGAGAAUGUAGGAGGUCAAGGGUGAGUGAGUACCCUCCUCCUAUUUCAUGCAUAGGGAGGAGUGGGAAGCCUUAUGUUUGUUUCAGGUCUUAUAGGAGUAAUGGCAGGUUUGUUCUCAAAGAGAUAAGGAUUCCUACUCACGAGUUUCUGCAUGCUUGUAGGGAGGAUGGAAGGCUGAAGCUGCAUUUUGUUCAUCCUGAAGAUGAACCUAUAGAAGAAGAUGACGAUGAAGACAGUAGUGGUGGUGAUGACAACAUAGAAAGUAUAUAUGAGGAGGAAGAAGAAAACAUGGGCGAAGAAAAAUAUGAUUGUGUGACAGAUGAUCAUGUAAAUGAAGAAAAAGAGAUUGAUGCUCAAGUCACUAGUUACUCACUUGAUGAAAGAGCAGAAAUUUUGAAUGUUGAGGAAGGUUUACAAAAAUAAGAAGGAAAAAAAGAAUUGGAAGCACUGUUGUGGGGUGCUUUUCUACUCUUUUCUUUAAUAUGUUAGCUUUUGUCCCUUGUGUUCCGAAAUUGGUGGAAUAAGGAGAAAAUUGCAAUCUUGUAUCAAUAUUGUUGUCCCGUGCUACCUGCAUGCAUAUCCUAUGUAAACAAACGAGUCAGGUCUAUUGUAUUGUGUUUCUUAAUUAUGGGAAGUGGAAAUUCGAGGAAAUUCACGUGAGAACAACAAGAAGUACUUAAGAGGGAAACGAGGAAGAUUGCUAUCUAAGGAUUAUCUUAAGCUAUAGAAAAUGAAAGAAAGAAAAAAUAUAUACUACGCUAUUAUUAUUACAUAUGUGGCACAGCUCGAUGAAUAGAACUAGCAUGUUCAUACGGUUCAAUCGAUUAAGCUAUAACAUUUACUAUUCGGUUCCAAUGUUUCAACCGAGUAUAA